AGAAAAUGAGAUAUGUUUUAUGUCAUUGUGUUCAAAAUGGCGGAGAUCGUAUUUAAGUAGAAACUUUAGGUUUCUUAUUUCGAAUCCAUUUGUGCCCAUUUGUCGUCUCCUGGUUAUCCUUAAAAGGUUCAGGAACUCCUUUGAAUUAAGUAGUACUGAUACGACUCCUUGUAAAGUGAUAUAUUUAUUACCUAUGUCUGGAGCAGGAUCGAGUGGUACAGGGCGGGGUCGUGGUACUGCAUCUCUUGCAGAUACCAAGACUGAGAACAAAGACUCUAAACCCAAUCACAAAAUGUCAAAGGCACUGAGUACUUCUGCUAAAAGGAUUCAGAAAGAACUUGCAGAAAUAACAUUGGACCCUCCUCCAAAUUGCAGUGCGGGCCCGAAAGGUGACAACUUGUACGAGUGGGUUUCCACAAUUCUGGGACCCCCUGGCUCAGUGUACGAAGGUGGCGUGUUUUUCCUCGAUAUUCAUUUUUCACCAGAAUAUCCUUUCAAACCUCCAAAGGUGACAUUUCGUACGCGAAUAUACCAUUGCAAUAUUAACAGUCAAGGGGUGAUAUGUCUGGACAUCUUGAAGGAUAACUGGUCUCCCGCCUUGACCAUUUCGAAGGUUCUCCUUUCCAUCUGCUCACUUCUUACAGACUGUAACCCAGCGGACCCGCUUGUUGGUAGCAUAGCAACGCAGUAUCUGCAGAACAGGGAGGAGCACGACCGCAUUGCACGGCUGUGGACCAAGCGCUAUGCUACGUGAUGCGCCAGAACUGCCGGUGUGUCGUGUGACGACUGUUCGCCCAGACAUUGUCAUGUGCCGCUGAUGUGUGUAAUGAUUGGUGUGCCUGCCUUCGUAGGCACGUUUAUAGGUUUUUGAUUCCUGUAGCGACUGAUAACAGCCUCCUCCCUUCUGUGUGGUUCUGUACUUGUCUGUGUGCAUGACAUGGAUUCUUGUGUGUAAUAUAUUUUCGUGUGUGUAUGAACAUGUGAACUAAGGCUGGACAUUUUAUUAAUGUCUUUCAGAUCUCUAAGAUGUGGUAUGUGAUUAGGCAAACUCGAGUUUUGUACCUAUUUUGUCUGUUUUUUUUAUUUGUCGUUUGAUACAUGCGCUAAAUAGUGAAGGAAAAAUGUACGGAGCAUAUCAAACACUCUGCAGAUGUUUGUAACAGUUAAGAGGUUCAAUUAAUAAGUCAAGUUUUUAUUCAUGAAGUUAGUUCAUUGUCCUUCUAAAACUAGACUUGGCCAAAUUUGUUGAAAUAAUUGCUGUCUUCUUAUGCUGUUGUACAUUCCUGAUUUAUUGUUUCCGAUCUAGAGCCCUCAGUAUGAAGAAUUGUGCUGUGUUUACUGUAGUUUUCCUACAGGUGCUAGAAUGUCAAUGAUUCCUGUUCGAAACGUAUCCUGUGAAUAUGAAAUUGGACUUGUCUGCUCGUUAGUGAUAUUCAUGUAUUUCAGGUAGUCAGCAAUAUUAGGUGUCAUAUGUAAUUGUUGUAUCUCUGAAUAGCCAUGUUUGAAAUAAUGAAAAGUGCAUAUUUUUAAGUGGGCUAUUGUAAAAAUUAAUUUCGGUUUAUCACAUGCUUUGAUUAUGAACUCGUAGACUUUAAACUGUAACAGCCAAAAACCAUUUAUAUCUAUGAAUUUUUUGUAGAAUGCUUGUAAAAGUUGUAACUUAUAAAAAUGUAAAUGCUUUAAUCUGACAUGUUUACUUUUAAGAUGAAUUUUGGCUGACAAAGGGAAUACUCAUGAGAAAUGAAUUAUUUUGAUAAGUUUUCAUCAAGUUUUUGUCAAUACACAUGAUACUGUACAAAUUUUCUUAGGUUUUUUCUUUGUGUAUUGUAUAAGGAAACAACCAAAGUUCAUUAUGGUGAAUUAAUGCAUGUAUGUAGUAAUUAGUAUUUAAUGCUUAAAAAUUUACCCAUUUUGAAAUAUUGUGAACGUAUGAAUUAACGUCAUUUUCCUGAAUUCCUACAAAGUUAUUUUUUUUAGUGCAAUUAUUGUUUAUACCAACUCCACAAACACAAGUAAAAGAUAUUCUUGGACUAUGAGCAAAGUUUUUGUCAAAAGUGAAAUAACAAUUGGAAUGUUGCUGUGUGAUGUGUUUCAGUAUUGCGUCAUAAUGAAUGGUAUAUCGAAAAUAAAUGUUUCCAAUCUCAA